AUGAACGUGUGGCCGUCGCUCCACGUGCUCGCGGGCGCUGCACUUUUGGUGCUUUUGCUGCUUGGACGUGCCCCAAAAGUGACCGCCCGCCCAGCCACCGAGUUCGACUACGAGGACCAAUCUCUCCUACCGGACCAAAAUUACUUUGCUGUGCCGAAAAGGACAGCCAUGGUGCUUGAUAAAAUGAUGAUCGCCCUGCAGAGGGCCCUUGAUGAUGAGACACUCAACACAAGUGCAGCACAGCCAGAACAGAUGGAUUUGCAGCGUCGGAACCAGCAGAAGGGCCGCGUCUAUUUGCGAUGCUAUUUCAACGCAGUAACUUGCUUUAGGAGAAAGAAAUAAUAAUGCAGUUUUAUCAACUACGCACCUGUAUUUCCACUCUUUUUAGUAGAAGAAACUCAAAUUCAGCUGUGUCGAUUAAACUUUUGUGUCUAAAGUUUAAUUUUAAUCCAACAUAAAUAUUAAGAGUUGUCAAUAUCUAGAUUAUUAUUAUUAAUUUUCAACAUAUAUUUUUUUAUUUGAUCUCAUCUCUGUAUUAAUUUAUUGUUUUCUUGACGAAAAAAUUCAAACUGAGUUAUGUCUCUAAUAAUUAUUUUCAACAAAAUAAAAUUAUAUCGCUAAUUUUUGUACCAACAAAUUUCCCACUCUGAGAGCAGCUGCCAACCCACCUCUUCUUGUUUGAAAUAAUUUAGUUUGUUCUGGCGGUCUCUGUACAACCCAGUGACCUACACGGGCAACUAUUUAUCACCUGCGCGCUGCCUGCAUGAGCUCAAUCACGUCUCAUUUUCAACACAAAAGCAACCUACACCUAGGAGCAGCUCAGCUUCUCACAAAAUUCAAACGUGUCUCUCUGUCUGUUUUUACUCGACAUAACAUGCAUUGUAUUUCUUACGAUGAAUAAAAAAACACGCGACUACUACGUGA